AUGCAGGGCCGACAAAGAUCCGAUCGGCGCGCUCAGCCUCAUGCCCCUCGACCUGAAGUCAGCGAGGCAGCUCCCCUUCCGCACGAGAGGGCGAUCCCCGGUGCACAUCCGCCACCUUCCGCAGUGCCGCAGGCAGCGGCACCGGUUGUGGCUCCUGCUGCACCUGUACCUCAGCACAGCUCAGCCGGCACGCGUCCCAGCUCCGAGAGCAUGCUUGAUGUGGACGUGACUGUGCUUGCAUUUGCACAGUGGGUCAUGGAGCUGAAAAACAAAAGCUCCAACUCGCAGAAAUCACUCCAGAUCGAGCUCAACACGAUCAAGAAUGCCAUCAAUGGCAACCAUAGCGACCUGGCGGACUUCAAACGCCACGGGGCGGCCAUACAGCAGCAAAUGCAAUCAGAAAUCAACGAGAUUCGGGAGUCAUUAAGCUCGGUCUUCAUGGAGAUCACUGCAGCUGUGCGAAACAAUGCUGCUGCAGACCAGGAUUUGAAAAUGAAGAUUCAAAUGCUGAACGAACAGGCUGUUCGGAACGAGACGGCCUUCGCUCAGCUCGCAGAUGCAGCUGACCAAUCGCAGUCCAAGCUUCGUGCAGCGGCCCAGGAGAUGCAACAGUUCUCUGAGCGCAUGCGGGAAGAUCUGUCUUCGUUGAACCAGAAGACGGAGUCCUUACAGGGAACAGUGCUGGAUCGCGCAGACCAACUUAGAGGUGAGACGGAUCAGCUCUCACAGGACCUACGCACUCAGCUUGAGAAGCGCAAGGUUCAGCUUCAAAAGAUGGUUCAGGAUGUGGUCAACAUCGGUGAAUCAUUGCAAGGCCUGGUGAACGAUUUCGGCGGAGUCAAGAGGGAGUCUGGUUCUGCUCAAAACAAGCUUCAAUCCACGUUGUACUCGCUGGACGCGCGUCGGCAGCAGGGAGCCACUGCACCAGCAGCAUGUCAAGUUAUGUCGUCCAAGUUCCAGCCGCUUCCCGUUGCGCAGGCGCCGUAUGUGUACAGCCGAUGCCAGGUUCAGCGCUGA